AUGUCUUUCUGCUUGACUGAAUUGCACCUCUGGUCUUUAAAGAAUACCUUACAUAUCGAAGACAGAGACAUUGGGAUAUACCAGUAUUAUGACAAGAAAGAAUCAGUUUUACCAACAGAUCAUGGUUACUUAGAAGAGAAGCAACAAUUGGCAGAAUCACGAGAUUAUCCUUGGAUGCUGAAGAAUCGACGGCCAGAAAAACUUAGAGAUACGCUCAAGGAGUUGGAGGAGCUGAUGCAAAACAGUAGAUGUGUGUUGAGCAAAUGGAAGAACAAAUAUGUCUGUCAGCUUCUUUUUGGUCCAGGUGUGCUGGUGUCCCUAAGCCUUUCUGGGCCACAGCUGGAAAAAGUGGUGAUUGACAGAACCCUGGUGGGGAAGCUCAUCUCCGACACCAUCAGUGAUGCUAUUCUCACAGACAGUUUCAUCAUCUUGUCAUUUUUGGAACAAAAUAAAUUGUGCUACAUUCAGUUUACUAAGAAGUUGGAUUCCCCUGAUAUAAACAAAAGAUUCGAAAAACUCUCCAACUCAGAGUAUAAGAUAUCCUACCUGGAAAUACCUGGCCCCAUCAAUAGGAGAAUAAUACGUCAUUUAGCUAUCAAUUGUAUUCAAGAUAUGGCCAUUUGUUGGUGGGAAAUAGCAAGUGAUGAUGUGUGGCCUUGGUCUCCUAUUUCAAGUGAAAAGGACAGAGCCAAUCUAUUGUUACUAGCUUGUAACCAUGGAAGACUGGAGGUUCUGAGUUUCAUCCGUACAGACUGGAAUCUACUUGAUGCUAGCUUUAGCACUAAUCAGCCUUAUCAGGUGCACACAGUAGAGCACUCCAUCAGUGUAGACAAAGAGCCCAUGGCUGACAGCUGCAUUUAUGAGUGUGUUCGCAACAAAAUCCACUGUGUAACAGUCACCAGAAUACUACUACGAUCAAAGGCCAUCAGCUGCUGCAGGAAUGUUGCUGAAGACAAACUAAUUCUAGGCUGUGAAGAUUCUUCAAUCAUUCUCUAUGAAGCCCACCGAAGAGUGACUCUGUUGGCUCAGGCUGAAAUUUUGCCCACAUUCAUUAGUUGUCACCCAGGUGGGGCUGUCCUCCUGGUUGGAAGUUCCCAAGGGGAUUUGCAGGUUUUCGAUAUAGCACUGUCACCCAUCAAAAUACAGCUUUUGGCUGAAGACUGCUCACCAAAGAAAACCCUUCAACUUAGUAAACAUUUUGAUGUCUCCAGCAGCCUUAUUCAAAUGCAGUGGACAGCUCCUCAGUUUGUAUCUCAGACUCCUAAUAGUAUUGACAUUCAUGAUCUCCUGUUCCUUAGGUUUGACAGAGGACCUUUGGGUAUACUUCUGUUUAAACUAGGAAUCUUCACAAAAGGACAGCUGAGUCAUGUAGACCUCAUCCAUCAAUAUAUUCGUUAUGAGGAGAUACAUGAAGCAAUAAGUGUCCUAAACAGCAUGAACUGGAAUGCUAUGGGUCAUCAGUGUUACAUGAGCAUGAGUGCCAUUGUAAACCAUCUUCUUAGGCAACGGCUAACGCCAGAAAGAGAAGCACAGCUUGAGGCAAGCCUUGGAUCCUUCUAUGCUCCAACAAGACCCCUCUCCGAUACAACUAUAUUGGAAUAUAGAGACCCAAUCAGCAAAUACGCAAGGAGGUUCUUCCACCACUUGCUCAGGUACCAGAGAUUUGAAAAGGCCUUUCUCCUCGCUGUUGAUAUUGGUUCCCGGGACCUGUUUAUGGACAUCCAUUACUUUGCAAUAGAUAAGGGUGAAUUGGCGCUAGCAGAAGUGGCAAAGAAACGAGCUAACGACAUUGAUGCAGAAUCAAUAACUACUGGAGUCGAUGACAUGGAUUUGGCUAGCAACAUGUUAGGUGUUGGUUGCCAUCUGAAUUAUUAUGGUUCUACUCCAUAA